AUGUCAUACUGGUUUGAAGGACGCAACAAAUAUGUGAUCUUGGUGAAUCCGAUUUCCGGUCUCAUGAUGUCAUUGUUUCUAUUGUAUUCUGCUGCGAAAAGCGGGAUAAGCAGACAAAAUGCUGCCAAGCUGCAAGCCAAAGAAGAAGAGGAAUUGGCCAAAGCCAUCGCCUUAUCACUGAAAGAGUCAGAGAAUAAGCCAUCAGCUCGGGCCGCUUCAUCCAACGCGACAGCACUAUCUUCGUCUACUGUAGCUCAAAGCAGCUUCAGCGGCACAGCCAAUCGUCAAACGACUUAUCCUAGUCUAACUAAUGAAACAACCACUCAGGCGUCCGUAUCUACCGCUGCUGUAGCCAAAGGUCGAGUCCGUGCCCUGUACGAUUUCGAGGCAGCUGAAGAUAAUGAACUGACGUUUAAAGCUGGAGAAUUAAUCGUCCUGCUGGAUGACUCCGAUGAGAAUUGGUGGCGUGGUAGCAAUCAUCGUGGUGAGGGUCUGUUUCCCGCUCAAUUUGUCAAAAGAGAACCAGAGGGGGGAGCUCCAAAUGCACCACAGCCUCUCGCCGCGGCCUCUGCGCCAGAACCCUCGAACGUCGUUGGUACAUCUCCGAAUACCGCGGUUCAAUUAGACGCCGGCAAACUGGACGAGUGUCUGCGAUUAAUCAAUUUAGUCGAUCCAACCGGCGAAUUUCGCCCCGAUCCGCCAGAACUCGCUCAACUGGAGGCAGAGUGUAAUGCUAUGGCACCGCUUGUUGAUCCCGAGCUGGAAAAGGUGGAUAAGCGAGUAUUGAUGCUGUCCGACCUGAAUCAGCGAUUGUUAGACGCAUUCCAAAUGUAUCACGAUCUGAUGUCUCGACCCACUCUGUCUCAAGUCCCACCGGGCGCAGCUCCAUCUACAGUCGGUUAUUAUGUUCCCGGUCAGACAGCGGCAGCAUAUUUGGGCGCCUACGCUACACAAAUCGGAGGCGCCGUUCCCUAUGCCGUAGUUGGUCAAGAUGGAAUGCAACCAACGAGUUCCUAUAACCCUUCGAUGAUUGGUCAUCCAUCCUCAAUGCACUCCUAUACAACGGCCGCGGAUACAAUGUACGCUUCAGCUCCUGGUCCGUCAUCAUCGUCUAUGCAUUAUGGACAAGUAAACGCAGGAGUCGCCGUCAACGGUGCAGGAGCUGCUACCGUUCCGACCUCUGCGGCUGGACCUGGUGCACAUCCAUCUGGAAUGACCGCCUGUUCGGGACUCCCGCCUUCUCAUCAGUACUACCCCAUGAUGUCUGAUGGCUCGAUGGAUCCCAAGCUAAAUGCACAAGCGAUGCAAUCGGCGUCAGGCUAUCCUGGCCCAGAACAGUACAAUGGUGAGUAG